AUGAAUACAUCACUUCCACCUCCUCUUCGAAGCAAGCUUGGCGGCAAGCGCGACUGGACACUCAAACCUAGGCAAGACCUCACACCAGCAGUGAUCGGAUUACAGGAGCCCAACAAAAUGCGAAUCGCACUUCUCAGUGUGACAGAAGCCGGCUUGAGUCGAGAGGUCUAUUACGAUCGGGGUUAUGGCAAUGGCGAACCAUUCGACUGGAACGAUUCGAGCGACAUUUUUCUCUUGAACGACUGGAGACGAGAAAAAAUCCGCAAGUACACGCCUAGAGACUUGGCACAGAUGGAACGCACAAAAGAUGUCAGAAAUCAGGUUAUUGAGAACAAAGUUGUCAAGAAGCCAAGGGCUCCCAGGACGAUUGUAGAGCAGCCUCAAAAGCCGCAGAUUGUCCAAGGACAAAAGUCGACUAGAGUCCGAGAGCCUCUAGAUCCCAAAAAGAAUACUGAUGAGGAUUUCAUCACAAUGAUCACCCGCCGCAGAGAGAUGGAGACAUUCCGUGCUCAGAAACGCAGAGCUGCGCGCCAGGUAACACCAAGACUUGCAAAUGGCCAUCGCCAGCAUCCAUCCAAUCGCCAAGGACCUAUGGAAUUUCUUCCCGUUGAUCUCGAGAGACUCAGUAGUCUGACACCAAAGCAACAGCGACGCUAUCAGAACACGCACGUCAAGAAUUGGUUUGUUAUCUUUGAGAUGAUUGAGAAAUCGUUCGAGUUACCGAGCCGGGGAAUUGGAGUCGAGUAUAAUCUUUGA